GUAACUUCAAAAAAAAAAAAUUAACUACCAGCUUUGUUUUUGUCUUUUAAUUACUUUGGGGUCUUUCGUUCUUGAUUUUCUUGGAAAGGGAAAAGAUUAUUAUGCUAAUCAAUUUUUAAAAUUGAUUAUUUUGUUUAUCUAAUUAUAUGUAGUUUUAAUUUGGAUUGUGUUUAUAAUUUGGUGUGAUAUCAUUGUUCUUUUAAAUAUUACCAGUAUUUUUAUUAUUUUAAUAAUUUAUGCUUUCUUUCGUGUUGCAAAAACAAAGUUUUGCAGGUUUACUAUACAUUUUCAUGACAAUCGGCCAUGAGAAUCCAUAGCCAAAGUACCUCAAUCUACAGGUGAGGGUCCGUGGGGAUAAAAUAUCUUAUCUUUCUCAGGACACAAUUUUGUUAAAGUAUACUUUAAUUGAUAAGUUAAACCAGCAGCAUGAUUAGUGGUUCAAAUGCUGUUUUCAUCAAGCUGAUGAUCAAUCAGCCAAAUUCCAGCCCUUUUCUUGUGUGAUGGAGGAUCAAAGUCUACAUAGCCUUUGUCACAGGAAGAUUUUAACUUGAAAUUAUUGGCUUCAUUUGGUAGCUUAAUUUCCUUUCUCAAGCUUUUUAUGUGUGGGAACCACAGUUAUGAACUUUUUCUAUAAAUUAAGAUCCCUCUCUUCUCCUUAAUUUAUCAUUCUCUCAAGCUUUUCUCCAGAAAGAGAGAGAGAAAGAAAAAUGGCAACUUCAUACUUUUCAAUGGCAGCUAUUCUCAUCCUCAUCCUGUUUACAACUCACCUAAACUAUUGCUUAGCAGCUAGAAAAAUUCUCAUCUCUGAAAUAUAUACAGAGUUCAUCAAAACUUCAUGUGGUGCCACAUCUUACCCUGACUUGUGUUUCACCACCUUUUCUAGCUAUGCAAGUGAAAUCCAUGCCAGUCCCAAAAUAUUAGCCAGCAAGUCACUCUCCUUGACACUUAACGCCACGCGUUCUGCUUCGAAAAUCCUUAAGGAGCUCUCCAAAGGCCAGGGCCUAAAGCCUAGAGAGGCUGCAGCUCUUAAGGAUUGUAUGGAAGAAAUAAGUGAUUCGGUUGAUGAAGUCAAAAUGUCCAUUGGUGAAAUCGAUGAGACUCAAGGCAAAAGCUUUGCUUUGCGAAUGAGUGAUAUACAAACAUGGGUGAGUGCUGCUUUGACGAACGAAGAUACCUGCAUGGACGGCUUCUCUGAGAGUGCCACGGAUGGAGAUGUCAAAGCCACUGUGGGGAGUGUAAUUGAGAAAGUUGAAAGCUUGACAAGCAUUGCCUUGGCUCUUGUCAACCGCUAUGCUGGCACCAAAAGUUAACCUGUCACAUGAAACAUAUGCACAAUUCGUUUCAUAUGCAAUUGUAUGCCUGGUUAGUAAUCAUAGUUUUCAGAUUUUUUUUUUCCUGAAUUGCUUUUGCUUUUGGAUUGAUAAUUCCUUAAGUAAUUUGAUGUUUGAAUGUUUAAGUUAGAUUCGCAGGGCCUGCAAUAUGGAAAGUUUGUAAAUUUAUUUAAGGUUGUUUAGCUAUCAUAUGUAAAAAAUGUUGUGCAAACAAUAAAUGGACAAAGGCAAAUGAUGUCAUUUUUUUUCCUCGUGUUUGCUGUCAAUAUUCAGGUUUUGAGUAGUUGUUAUUUGUUCUG